GUUGAGAGCGCCCCCCUCAUUCUCUCUCUCCCAUAUUUUUAGUCCUCCUUUCUGACUUUCAUCUCUCUCUCUCUCUCUCUCACUUUACCUUCUCCCUUUUCCUCCUGUUUGUCUUGGCAUUUGGACUGCAUUUCUGUUACUAUUUAGUUUUUAACUUUCAAAGCUCGAGACCCAUGUGCUUUAGCUUUGUUUGGUUUUGAGAACUGAAGAGGAUGAAGAGAAGUAAAUAGAGAAACGGGAGAAUCUUUCUUUUGCCCCCCACUAGAUUAGGCGUUAUCCUUUUUCUCUCUUUUCUAGCAGAGAGAAAAAUCUUUCACUCCCAACAUCACUGAAGAAAUGACUAAAGAAGAAGACUUUAAGCUCCUCAAGAUCCAGACUUGUGUUCUCAGAGUGAACAUACACUGUGAUGGGUGCAAGCAGAAAGUGAAGAAACUCCUCCAGAGGAUUGAAGGCGUGUACCGAGUAAACAUAGAAACAGAGCAGCAAAAAGUGACGGUUUCAGGAAGUGUAGAUGCUGCUACUUUGAUCAAGAAACUUGUAAAAGCAGGCAAACAUGCUGAGCUUUGGUCUCAGAAGACCAACCAAAACCAAAAGCAGAAAACCAACUGCAUAAAAGAUGAUAAGAACAACAAAGGCCAAAAGCAAGGGUUAAUCAAGGGCCUUGAAGUCUUCAAAAAUCAGCAGAAAUUUCCUGCUUUCAGCUCUGAAGAAGAUGAUGACUUUUUUGAUGACGAGGAAGAGGAUGGUGAAGAGGAGGAGCUGCGGUUUAUCAGAGAGAGAGCUAAUCAACUGGGUCUGCUCAGGCAGCAGGCAAUUGACGCAAACAAUGCAAAGAAUGCAGGUUCCAACAAUGGAAAAAUGAACAAUGUGAAUGCAGGUAAUGGAAAUAAAGGAAACACAAAUCAGAAUAUGGUAAUGAAGGCAAGUCCAGGUGGGAUUGAUCCAAAAACCAUGGCAGCUCUAAAAAUGAACAGUGCUCAUCUGGGUGGUGGGAACAUCAAUGGUGGGGAAGGGAAAAGGGCAAAUGAUAUCAAUGCCAUGAUGGGUCUGGCUGGUUUUCAUGGAAAUAGGGUUAAUAAUGUUGCUUCUGCUGCUGCUUUAGGAGGCAAUUCCAAUGGCAUGGGAGGGUUCCAAGUCCAACAAUCCAACAAUCCCCAUCAGGGAUCUUCAGCUGGUUUCCCAACUGGUGGAUAUGCCACAGGUCAAUACCCAUCAUCCAUGCUGAUGAACAUGAAUGGGUACAACCAUCCAUCACCUAUGAUGACGAACAUGAACAAUAUGCAGGCCAGGCAUGCCAUGCAACAACAACAACAACCCCAGAUGAUGUAUCACAGGUCCCCCUUUGUUCCCCCUACCACUGGCUAUUACUACAAUCAUAGCCCUAGCCCUAACCCCUCCUACCCUUAUACUGAACCUAAUUACAGUGGCCAUAACUCUGCAGCAACCCACAUGUUCAGUGAUGAGAACACAAGUAGCUGUUCCGUUAUGUAAUAUAAAAUGUGUAGAGAAAAAAGUAUGUGUUGACUUCAAGUCCCCUUUGUUAGCGGAGUUGGUGGCUUUUUGACUGUCUUCUGUAUUGUGCUGUCUCGGAAUGGAUGGGUUAGGAUGGGAUGUGUGGGUGAAUCCUAUCAGUGUAUUAUGUAGUUCUUAAAGACGAAUGUUCAUUUUCUUUUUUUAAUUUUUAAUUUAUCUACUCUUCAGUUC